AUGGUUUGUAAAAUUCUGUUCUUUGUGUUGGCAGUUUGGGCACAUCAAGGAUAUUGUUUGACGGAGGUCAGACUUGAUGAUAGAGAUGUCCACAUAAUAAGACAUGAGCAUCUCGGAUCAUCAAUCAGCAUUGCGAAGCCAUUAUUCGAUACUUUAAGGACUUGUCACAUCACAUAUCCAGAUGGAAGAAGAUUUGAAGCUUAUCCCCAGAACAAUUUACCGAAUUCGGAAAUCUUCUUUAAAAACGUCUCCGAGCCUUUUACAUCUUGUUCCAUUGGAUUUAGAAAUCCUCCAGUAAGUUUCAGUGGCACUUACGAGCUCAUGGAUACAGUGGUGGCGAGCACCACGAAUGGCGUUACCCUCACGAGACAAAGAUUCAAUAUUAGAAUUACUGAACCUGAUUUUUAA